GGAGAGAGUGAGAGACGGAGCCGGGGAGACAGUGAGCGGUGUGUGGAGUGGAAGUCGGCGGAGGAGUCGCACGUGAAAUCUCAGACUCCACCGCUCAUCCGGAGACUGUUACCUGACAUCCAGCCGUGCGUAUUUUCCCUGGUUUGUCGCGCCUUUCUUGUGGGGUGUUUUUUUUCCGGCUGCACGUUUUUUUUUGACGCGCAGCCACAGGUUGACCGAUUUAAUCCAGUCACCAUGGAUUACUCCUACUCCUCCUCAUCUCCUGUCGAUUGUCACUGACCACAUCGAAAUGGGCACCGUGCAUAGAUCAGUGAUGGCACAGAGGCGAACAAACUGACCGCAUCCAAGCGAGAGCGCAGACACGGAGGCAACGUCUGUGUGUGUGUGUGUGUGAGGUGGUGGGGGGGUGCAAAGCGACGCACAAUUUCGAGAGACAAGCUGGGAGGACCUGUGGACAGCCGAGUGAAAGGAGGCGAACAGAAGAUGAUGGGAUGGCGGUGACAACAUGAAAAAGAAAAAGUGCGGUGGUCUAUUUUCAUCCUGCCAGUGAUUCAACGCACCUCUAACCUGGGGGACAGGGACUGAGAAGAGAAGAGACAGGUGCGUGGCCACAGCUGUGACCAUGGAGCCUCCCCCCUCUCUGAGCUUGGCUCUGCUAGGAGGGAGUGAGGAUGAGGACCAGCGCUUCCUCUAUCCCCUGGGCAUUAUAUCCCAUCCCUCCGCCACUGGCAACCAGCCAGGAUCAAACCACUCCAACCACAUGGGAGGAUCGAGCCUCGACCGUCUAAAUGGCAGCGGCCCAUCCCCUGCCACGCCCAAUGUACCUUCAGUGUCACUUCCUAAGUUGCCCCUGUCCUCGUCUGGAGCGCAGCCACUGCCGCCACCCAUCCCCAACGCCCUGCACCCCACCAGCACCCCGUUGUCCUCCUGCUUGGGCUCACAGCACAGCCUGAGCGGGGACUCCCCAGUCUACAAUGCCCUCUUUUACUCCUCCCACUCACCAUCCAUGGACAGGGACAGAGAACGUGACAGGGACAGGGAAAGAGAGCGGGGCUGCAAACACAGACAAGCCAGCCCUCUUGUUCACCGCAGGGACAGUAACCCCUUCACCGAGAUCGCCAUGAGCUCCUGCAAGUACACAGGUGGGGUCAUGAAGCCCCUGAGCCGCCUCAGCGCCUCCCGCAGAAACCUCAUCGAAUCAGACAGCAGCAGCGAGACCAAAGAGGGUGGCGUUUCAGCUGUUGCAGGGGCAUCGGCCGCUGGGGGGCACGACCGACAGCGAGAAGCCCCUCCCACGUCCUUGGUGGCACCGUCUUCUACCAAUCAACCCCCAAUCCAGACCCCUCCAGAGAUUGUGAUUUCAUCCAAAGAAGACUCGCCGUACCCCGGAGCAGGGUAUGACAUCACAGACUCCACAUCCAACCAGAUGUCCAUCUAUCACCAGAACCACGCUCUGGUGGAGAGCAGGCGGGGGCAGCCGGGCAGGAGCAGCAGGCAGGGGGCGGUCGGGGCAGUGGGCACCGGGGCUCGGGGCAGCACCUCCAAGGCCUCCAAACGGAAGAACCAAAACAUUGGCUAUAAACUGGGGCAUCGCAGGGCAUUAUUCGAGAAGAGGAAGAGGCUGAGUGACUAUGCUCUCAUCUUCGGAAUGUUUGGAAUCGUUGUCAUGGUGAUUGAGACGGAGCUGUCGUGGGGCGUGUACACAAAGAGCUCCAUGUAUUCUCUGGCCCUGAAGUGUCUGAUCAGCCUGUCGACGGUCAUACUGCUGGGCCUCAUCAUAGCCUACCAUGCACGGGAAGUUCAGCUGUUCGUCAUCGACAAUGGAGCAGACGACUGGCGCAUCGCCAUGACGUUGGAAAGGGUCCUGCUGAUCUCACUGGAGCUGCUGGUGUCUGCGGUGCAUCCGGUGCCCGGGGACUUCAAGUUUCGGUGGCGGGCACGGCUGGCCUUCUCGUAUGCGCCGUCGCAGGCCGAGGCUGACCUGGACAUGGUGCUGAGCGUGCCCAUGUUCCUGCGCCUCUACCUCAUUGCCAGAGUCAUGCUUCUGCACAGUAAACUCUUCACAGACGCCUCCUCCAGGAGUAUAGGUGCCCUCAAUAAGGUGCAUUUUAACACACGAUUUGUAAUGAAAACCCUCAUGACUAUCUGCCCUGGGACGGUGCUGCUGGUCUUCAGCAUCUCUCUGUGGAUCAUCGCUGCCUGGACCGUACGAGUGUGUGAGAGGUAUCACGAUGCCCAGGACGUGACCAGUAACUUCCUGGGAGCCAUGUGGCUUAUCUCCAUCACUUUCCUGUCCAUCGGCUAUGGAGACAUGGUUCCUCACACCUACUGUGGCAAAGGAGUCUGUCUACUCACAGGAAUCAUGGGCGCAGGAUGUACGGCUCUGGUGGUUGCCGUGGUAGCCAGGAAGCUGGAGCUGACCAAGGCCGAGAAACACGUACACAACUUCAUGAUGGACACGCAACUCACCAAGAGGAUAAAGAACGCGGCGGCCAACGUGCUGAGGGAGACGUGGCUCAUCUACAAACACACCAAGCUGAUGAAGAAGAUCGACCACUCCAGGGUCCGCAAACACCAGCGGAAGUUCCUCCAGGCGAUUCAUCAAUUACGUAGUGUGAAAAUGGAGCAAAGGAAACUCAGUGAUCAGGCCAACACACUAGUGGACCUCUCAAAGAUGCAGAGCGUCAUGUAUGAGCUUAUGUCGGAGCUCAACGACCGCAGCGAGGACUUGGAGCGCCAGAUGCUGUCCCUGGAGCAGCGGGUAGAGCAGCUCACCGCCGGCUUUAACGCCCUCCCUGCCCAUCUCUCCGCCACCCUCAGCGCCCAGCACGCUGCCCUGGUGCAUCUGCUGCGGGAGAGGGAUUCAAGGGAUGGUAGAGGAGGCGGAGGUGCUGUGGUCCCAUUGUCCCCAGCAACUUCUAUAUCCACUGCCACAGCAUCCAUUUCUCCAGUUCAGAUCACGGCUCCAGCACCACCCCAAGUCCCUACUUUGGCCCUGGAGUCCCCACCACCGCUGAGCUCAGAGGGGAGUCUGGAGGCGAGUCCCAACUCCAACACCUGCACCUCUAGCUGCUGAAGACAGCUCUGAGGAGAGAACAGGGAGAGAGGUAAGGGACGCGUUGCUCGUCCUCUUACUUCAGACAAAAGCAGAGAACAGAGGGAGGAAGAGAAGGUGAAAUGUGAGGCGAUCCUCUAAAACUCGGGAGCGGGAUGAAGACGGGACUGUGAGGAGAAAUAAUGGGAUUAAGAUGAAGGGCCAGUAUGAAGGAUGAGACAUGCUCGGGACUUUGGGGCACUUUCCUUGAUGACGGGAAGGAGCAGAAAAAAAUGGAGACUCUGAAAGGUGUGAGGGGGAGGAAGAAUGUCAAGAGGGUGAGAAAUGGAGGUAGGGAGGAUGAGGAGGGGGGAGGAGAGAGGAGGAGAAAUAACGAGGAAUAAUUAUGUGAACUCAUAGCUCCUAAAUGGAAUCCACUCCAAUUAUUGAAAAAAGGCCUUUUACUCUCUCUGUCUUUCUCUCUCUUUCCUCCCCCUUUCUCCCAAUCUCUCUCUCCCUUCAUCAGGAAUUAAUGACCAUGACUUUUUAUGCUUAUAAUGUAUUUUCUAUCCGAAUGCUAUUUGUGUGUUAACGAGCAUCCCUUUAACAGAAGGUUCGAUCAUACGACCAACAUUAAAAAAAUAAAUAAUAAAAAAACUAGUGGCAUGCACUGCACACACACACACACACACACAAACACACACACGCACACAAACACACAUUAUUUCAGCUCGUCCUCCACGCAGUACAAGUUAAUACACUACAAACAGCAUUACACAAUCUUUACACAAUGCCCUAUUUACACGCACACAAAAUAAAUGAAUGCACCAGCCCACAUGAUAACACUAAAGCCUAUAUACUGCCAAGCACUCGAUGCACUGUCAAUCUCCACAGAGCACUGCCAAGCAAUGUAGACGCACUGUAAAAAAACUAAAUGUUCAUCCGCACCACUUAUGUUUUGUGUGUGUGAGCUAAUGCAGUAGUUUAGCCUGAGCGUAGUUGUGACAUUUUAACGACUCAGGCGGGAGAAUUAUUACGGUUCGUGAGACUACACAAAUUGGGCCUCAAGCUGAAAUAAGAUGACAUGAUACGUGAGUCAUCACAACGUCUUAUUUGUGAUGAAGGAGACAGUAGCAGGCGAUAAAAUCAUGUAACACAACUAUAACGGGACUUUAUUACUGCAUUGACGGAUUUACAGGUUAAGUCGAACUGAUGUUUAUGUGUGUUUGUAGGUUUGCUUUACGGAAAUUUAGACUUUUGUUUAAUUCCUGUGAUCAUUUCAUCGCCUCUGAAAACCUCAGAAAAUUAAUUAAUAUUUGUGUAUACUCUUUCUCUUUCUGGGAUAACUUUGAGAUUAUAACGUUUAUUUAGUAUUUAUUUAUUUAUUUAUUUAUUCAUCACAUUGGCAUUUCAGUCAGGCUGCUUAAUUUCAAAGAUGGUAUCGCAUCUUUUUAAUGAAUCACGGGCUCUGCAACUCAGAGCUUUGCAAGAAUUUAAUGAUUCUCAUUACAUGUUGGUGAAUCAUUUACUGGAGUCCAUCUACCCAGGAGCAUAAAUCAAAACUUUAUCCGUGAAUAACAAAUGAUCUGCUCAGUCUUUUACAUAAACAGUGCGGUCAAAUUGACUGUAGGGAUUACUCCUAUUUUUCAGUUUAAAAACUGCUAAAAUAUAGAUUUUUACAUGAGUCAUUUCAUUUACCUUUAAAAUUCAUAACUGUGUGAUUAUAAGUUGAAUGUUAUUGAUAUUUUGUUCAGUGCACGGCUGUGUUGAAGACCACUGCCAUUCUGUUUUUCAAGCUUACAGUCCCAAAACAACGCACUGUUAUCAUGAAUGUAUCCUGUGUUCAAAAAAAUACACUUAAUAACUCUCGCUCGAUCACUUAAACUGCCAUGCAGACACAGGAACACAAACACACACACGUGCACACACACACAGAUGCACACACACACCUCAACAACCAAAGUGCUCUCUCUUAAAUGGACUACAAUAAGAGGCAGGGAACGCUGCUGUCACUGGGGACAAAACGAUAGCAGGAGGCAUUGCAGAUAUCUUGACAAUAUUUCCGAGGGAAUAACUGUGAAAAUGUGGGCAUGGACUUGUUACAGUGCUGAACAUGGACUGCUCCUCAUUGCUUUAAAACCAGAUUAAGGCGGACAACAGAUGAACACAAAUAAACCUUAUAAAGGAAAAUGGCCAUGACGGAACAGCUGUUCAUGAAAACACACAGAAAGAGAGACUGAGGUGUAUCUGAGAGGAACUGUAAUGGUGUGAUGGGGAGAGAAGACACAAGCCCUUUGCAUUGGAGACAAUAUCAAAACUGUCUUAUAGCGACACGCUGUGGCCGGAAUACUGAAUUACAUACGCUUGGAAUAUUGUACAGUAUGCUGUUAACGAAAUCUAGCUUUGUAUUGCUUAGUCUUUUUCUACCAUUAUGAUUAAGCGCAGUUAUAACUGAUAUCUAAUAUUAUUAAACUCUAGUAUUCUUCUCAUUCGUCAUGACAACUAUGAUUCUAUGUAUUAACAAUACGUUAAAUAAUUAUGAACAAGGAAAGUGCCGUUUGAGGUUGAAAUUAUUUUGUAAUUUUAUUUUAUCAGAGAGAAUUAAUAAAGUAUAUAUCUAUAACAUUA